ACUCCGAAUCACUUUCAAAGGGGUUCAAAGCCAUGUCUCCCACCAAUCCAAAUCGUCCAUAAACCCGCCCACUGAACAAGCAAACGGCGCUAGCACCCUCGCUUCAUGACUUCAUCAAAUCCCGCUCAUCGAUCAACCGCCAUGUAAACUCAACCAAAACCUCACAAAUGUAACAACCAACCAAAAAGGACCAAAACAAUAGUGAUGCAUACCUCCGGAGGUUUAAGAAGUGAGGAAGCCAACGAUGCUGCGUGGGAAGGCGGACGAGGGGCUGUGGCCGGUGCUGCGAAGUGGGGUUUCUUUGCUGCUAUUCUUGGAGGGGCUGGAUAUACCAUGUCGCCGAUUUAUAGGGGAUUAACAAUCCAGUUUAAAGUGUUCUUACAGAUGUCUGGCAUGAUUCUUGGGGCUUGCUUAGAAGCUGAUCACAGAGUGAGAGAAUAUGAAGCGAAAGUACGGAUGCAGAGAAGAUUGUUGAGGGAUCGGGCUGUAUGGGAGAGCUAUGAGAAGGAGUUCGAAGAUGAAGUUCCUCCGAAAAAAGAAAGAUGAGAUACACAUAUGUAUCUUUUCAAAGGAAUGAAUGCAUGGAUACCCAGAGGGCACGUCAUAGAAUGUUCGUCAUUGCAAGUAUGGUGGCUUUAUACUCCAGCCACAUAACCCUAAACAUAACUCAUAAGACAACCCAAAC